AUGGCCACUGAGCGCAGCGCCCCCCUCCGUCUAGGCACCAUUGCCCCCAACUUCCAGGCCGAGACCACCAAGGGCCCCAUCGACUUCCAUGAGUUCAUUGGCGACAACUGGGUCAUCCUUUUCUCCCACCCCGAGGACUACACCCCUGUGUGCACCACCGAGCUCGGCGAGAUGGCCCGUCUCGAGCCCGAGUUCUCCAAGCGCGGCGUGAAGCUCAUCGGUCUCUCCGCCAACACCCUCGGCAGCCACGAGGGCUGGAUCAAGGACAUCAACGACGUCACUGGCUCGCUCGUUGGCUUCCCCAUCUUGGCCGACAAGGAGCGCAAGAUUGCUCUCCUCUAUGACAUGAUCGACCACCAAGACGCCACCAACGUGGACGAGAAGGGAAUUGCCUUCACUAUCCGUUCCGUCUUCGUGAUCGACCCCAAGAAGACCAUCCGCACCAUCCUGUCGUACCCGGCUUCGACCGGCCGCAACAGCGCCGAGAUCCUGCGCAUCGUUGACUCGCUCCAGACCGGUGACAAGCACAAGGUCACCACCCCGAUCAACUGGGUCCCCGGUGACGACGUUAUCGUCCACCCCAGCAUCAAGGGCGAUGAUGCCACCAAGCUGUUCCCCAACCUUCGCGCCGUCAAGCCGUACCUGCGCUUCACCCCGCUGCCCCAGGACGCUUAA